AUGGCGACAUCCAUUCCUUACGAACCCAAAACAGUUGCUCUGUUAGUCAUUGAUAGCACGUCUGAAAUGUGUGUCAGAUGUAUUUUCAUCUGUUUUACAAAAUUCACUUAUAAAUGGAAGGAGGUUUUGGAAGUAGAUUUUGACUUUAACGUGCUCAUUGAUAUGCAAGAAUCACUUCGUAAAGAGGUUAUCGAUAUUAUUCCAAACGUAAAAUCGAUUGUUAAAACUUGUCACGAAAAAGACAUUCCCGUUUUUUGGACCCAACACGGUCACAGAAAUCUCAAGUUUGAUGGAGGUGCUGUGGGACGAUGGUGGGGAGAUGGUAGUAUCAAAUGGGGCUCUGACGAAUGGAAAAUUUUGAGAGAAUUACAACCUAUCAUUUCGCGGUCUUCAACCUCAAUUGAUGUUCUUGACUUCGUUAUCAAAAACAAGACACGCUAUGAUGCUUUUUAUCGUACCGAACUUGGUUCCAUACUCACUUCUCUUGGUAUUGAAACACUCAUCAUUUCUGGUGCAGAAACAAAUUUGUGUUGUGAAGCAACUGCCAGAAGUGGCUUUGAUCAGGAUUAUAACAUUGUUUUCCUUAAAGAUGCAACUGUCACAGAGAAUGAAGAGAUGCACAAGGCAACCUUGCUGAACUUGGAAUAUGGAGUGGCUAAAAUCGCUACUGUUACCGAGGUUAUUGAAUGGCUUGACAAACGUGUUAAUUAAAAAAUCCUGGAUUGAAAUCAAUUUAUUACGGGAAAUUCAAACAUUUAUCGAAUUAAACUAUAGAGCUUGAUUCGAC